ACUUGGCACACAUUUUAUCCACAAAACACUUGCACUUGCAUACAAUCUCCUCUUUUUGAUAACAAACACUAAAAAACCAAGCACUAUCCACUGAUUCCCCUCUUCUUCUUCUUCUGACAAGAGAAAACACAGAAAAGAAGAAUCAAGAAAAUGUCAGUGGCAUCAUCAUCUACUUUCCCCUGCAUUAAAUUCCAAAAUUACCCUUCUUAUUCAACAAAGUCCACCAUACUUACCAUUAGGAAUUCUCAAGCUGAAGGUCCAAUUAGAAGACCAGUUGCUCCAUCACCACCUAAGCCUACUAAUAUUCCACCACCAACUACUAGUAUUAGUGCCCCUCCUAAGCCUGUGGCUGUGACAACUUCUGAGGGUAAAAAUGUAAUUACACUUGAAUUUCAGAGGCAAAAGGCCAAGGAACUUCAAGGGUACUUCAAACAGAAGAAACUUGAAGAAGCUAAUCAAGGCCCCUUCUUUGGUUUUAUUGCCAAGAAUGAAAUCUCCAAUGGAAGAUGGGCAAUGUUUGGUUUUGCUGUCGGGAUGUUAACAGAGUAUGCAACGGGCUCUGACUUUGUUGAUCAAAUUAAGAUCCUUCUCUCCAAUUUUGGGAUUGUAGACCUGGAAUGAGACUUCUGCUCUGUAUGAAUGUAUCAUCAUGAGAGAUUAUAGAUCCAUUUGUUUGUUGUAACUUCUCUGUCCAAUUUUUCUAGUUCAUUUUUUUGAAGCCACAAUUGGAGUACAUUGUAGCACCUUACAACUCCUUUUUUACUUUUCAAGAAUAUAGAAAGUCUCUAAUUUUUUGCAUAAUA